AUGUUCCCUCUCCCUCCAAGCUAAACGUCAGUUUUAAAUAGUAUUGUGAAGGAAUUUAUAUAUCGUACACAACGUUACUGUGGCUAAAAUUCUAACCGUAAGUAGCCCGCACAGUUAUUGAUAGUUAAAGAGCUUAAUUUGAGUGAAAUUCUGUGUUGAUACCUCUUGACGAUACAAAAAACAAACAGAACUUUAACCUUCAUACCACAAACAAACGAUAUCAGAUGGAAUAAACCGAUAUUAAAUUGAAAAUGAAAAUAUUUCCGAGCUUGGGGUUGUUUGUGAACACUACCAAUAGAUGAAUGAAAUGGAUGAUUAUGAAGAUGAUGAACCGGAUAUUAGAGAACAAAUUUUUCAUAACAAUGUUAGGGAGCAAAUUAUAUUUCUGCUUUUGUUCCUCCUUUUGUACCUUGUAAGUUAUGCCAUACUAAAACGUUACAAAAGAAGAAGUCAUGAGGAUUAUUACAGUGUGGACAAAGACGAAAUUACAGUCUAUAGAAUCAGUACAGCACUUUGUACUUUUUCUCUGGCUGUAUCUAUCGGUGCAUUGUUGCUCCUGCCCAUUUCCAUCGUUUCAAAUGAGGUUCUCAUCAUCUAUGCUAACAGUUACUACAUAAAAUGGUUGAACAGUUCCUUGAUACAGGGUCUCUGGAAUUAUGUAUUCCUAUUCUCAAACUUGUCCCUGUUUGUGUUCUUACCUUUCGCUUAUUUAUUCACUGAAUCUGAAGGCUUCUUCGGCUAUCGCAAGGGCAUCUUGGGUAGAGUAUAUGAAACAUUUACAGUAUUAGGCCUUUUGGGCGUGUUGGUGCUUGGCAUGACUUAUGUGAUAUCUGCACUUAUCGAUGAAGAAAAUUCUAGUUUGUACAGACUGCUAAAUUUAUGGAACUACUAUUUACCAUUGCUGUAUUCCUGCAUAUCCUUCUUUGGCGUUUUACUACUGCUUGUAAGCACCCCGCUGGGCUUCAUCCGCCUGUUCGACGUCAUGGGCAAGUUCUUUAUCAAACCCCAAUUCAUUAGAGACGUCAACGAAGAAUUUUACGCUUGCGCAAUGGAAGAGGAAAGUCUGAGAAGAAGACUGAAACAUGCACAAACCAAUGGGAAGUUUUAUACCAAUGUUCCACCCCUCUCCGAAAACUUGGCGUCCAAUAGUCAGGACGACGAGUAUGCAUUACCCAACGAGGUGAGAAAGCUCAGGAAUGGAGAGUUACAGAUCGCCUUGGGGACCUUGCUGUCCGAUUUGGAGGGGAGGAGGAAAUUUUUAGAUAAACAGAGAAGCUCGUCUUCUCUCUUAAAGAAUGUGAUAUAUCCAGUUGCUAUGCUGAUUUUGAUUGGUCUUACCGGCAUAGCUGUACUUUAUGUGAUACAAAACACUGUGUCAUUAUUGAUAGGUAUUCAGGCGUUACCUGCAAGCUCUCAGCAAUUCACUUUAGGAGUGACUUCGCUGUCGAAGUUGGGCACUCUAGGCGCAGCAGUAGAAAUUCUGUUGAUCGUGUAUUUCGUGGCUACAUCCUUUAUUGGAUUAUAUACCACACCCUUGAUGAGGAGAAUCAGACCAACCCCCAAAAGCACUCCUUUUAUUCUUGUAAUAGGUAACUGUGCCUUGGUGCUUAUCCUCAGUUCAGCACUCCCAGUUUUAUUGAAGAUUUUAGGAAUAACCAAUUUUGAUCUGCUGGGUGAUUUUGGAAGAAUUGAAUGGCUGGAUGAGUUAUUUGUGGUUGUUGCAUACAACGUUUUAUUUGCUGCUAGUUCGAUGCUGUGUGUUUCUAUGAAGUUCUCUGCCCCUGUGAGGAAAGAGUUGUAUGCCAGAUUUGCAGAGAGCUAUAGAAUGUUGAUAAAUUUGUCAUUUUUGAAGUGAUUUUUUGUAAUAUACUAUCGUUUUAGAUAUUGUAAGAAUCAUAAGACUGAUAUUGUAAAUUUGAUCUGGUUUGAUUUUAGACAAAAUAAAUAAUGUUACCUA